CACGAAGGCUGCCAACAGUUACCCACCGUAUUUGCAAGUUAUAAAACAAUACAUACAAAUUUAGUUCUACAGGUUACUUUGAAAAAGGAAGAAUGCCUCAGAUCCCGAGCUCCCUUCUGACGCGGACAGCCCAAGCCCUGGUCUCGCACGCCCGCCUUGGCCACACGGCCGCCCUGGCAGGGGCAGGGGCGGCACGUGGCCCAAGGAACGCCCAGUCCAGCGAGCUCAGCUUUGUGUCUUCACGGAACGCCUCCACGGCGGGAGUCACACGAAGCAGGCCGGCCAGCGCCUUCAAGACGGACGCCCAUAUCCAGAAGGAGACGGAGUGGCUGUGGCCCGUGGACGACACUCAGAUGAUGUUUGUGGCCGGACAUGAUGCAGGGGCUCGCUUCGCCAGCCCUGCCAUGACCCUCAACUCAUCGGCGCCGCUCAGGGUCGAGGACGUCGAAGAAGCUUUGUUUCAGCUGCAGAGGAAAACACCGAUGUACCAAGCAUGUAUAAGUGAAAGAAAUGGAAGACUAUGGUGGAAGAGAGACGACCUCGACAUCAACUUUAAGGUCCUUGAAAGAGGGACAGAUACACUGGACGUGAUCAACGCCAUGUGGGACGAAGGCUUCGAGAGGGACGGGGUGGUCUGGAAGUCUCGCCUGGUGCCCGCCGACGCCCACGAGCCAUGCCCGAUGCCCGAACUUCAGGCAGCUUACCCCUACCAGUACAACUUCAUGACUUGCACCCACCAUGCCAUAGGCGAUGGCAUAUCAGUUGCCUACCUUUGCCAGGGUUUCCUCGACAUCCUCAACACAAUCAUCGACGGACGCCAGGUCGACGACAAGCCCCUUGGGAUCUUCCUGUCCUGCGAAGAGAUCGCGGCCAAAGACGAGCUCAUUCGAAAGCAGCUUCUGGAGGAUCGGGAGCGCCUGGAAGGCCUCAAGGCCGAGGUCCUGAGAGCGAACAAGUCGCCCGUCCUCCACAAAGCUUUUCCUCGUCCGAGCGUCGACAAGCCCACGACCAAGUACAUCAUCAACCACUUGGAGAGAAACACACACGACGCAUUCGCCAAGCGGUGCAAGGAGGCGGGCGUCUCCUUCGGCUCCGGGAUACAGGCCGUCAUCAACACUGCCAUGGUGGAGAUGGUCAGGGACGCGGGCGUUGACGACGAGUACCACGACAUCAGCGUCAAUCUGGCAGCGGACCUCCGCAGGUACAUGGAGCCACGGCCCCUCCCCGCGCUGGGUCUCCACGCCCGCACCAUGGCCAGCGUCACGCGCACGCACAAGGACACGCGACAGCGCUUUUGGGAGUACGCCGCGGGUCUCCACCGGGAGGUCGGAGCUCAGAUCAAGUCGGGAGGGAUCCUGCAGCAGGAGGUUGUUCGCAGGAUGAUCAUGCCAAAGGUGGAUCCCAACCAAUUCUACGCAGGGCCUACUGAGCUCAUACGGGAUUAUGGCUUCAGCAACCUCGGGGAUUUCGCCAAGGUCAUCCCAGGAACUGGUAAGCAUGUGCAGAUGACCAACCUCAUGCAGUUCAGUGCUACCCACAAGUUUGUAUACAUGAAUUUCCAUCAGAUGUUCACCUUCCGAGGCCGUACCAAGUAUUUAAUCAGCUACUCAACUGACCAGAUGUCGGACGAGACAGCCCAGCUACUCGCCAACAAAAUCUUUGAAAUCAUAGAAGAGGUUUCCAAGUAAAUCUUUGCCAACAAGGAGAGAUCUCCGUACAGUAUAUUAAAAUAAGUAUCUUUAUCGUUUUUGAUAAAAGGGGGAACAAUCAUGAAAUCUUGCACGAUAAUGGUUUAAAAUCAUCCUUCAGUA